CGCGAGAGCGGCGCGGCGGGGCGAGACCUAUUGGGAGCGCGCGACCUAUCGCGCCGCCGUCUCGCGGAUCGAACAGAACGCGAGAUCACGUGCCAGCUGGAGAGCGCAGCAACUGUCAGUGGGCGAGCGUCCGGCCAAUGGGGGUGCUGGCGAGUGACGUGACAACGUCGCAGACUCGCUCGGGAGUGCAGGAGCCGAUGCAGUCGCCGCUCGACUACGACAGUUCCUUCGUAGUCGGUCGUAGUUCGUGUCCGACAGUGCGGGUCGCUGCUUCAUAACCGUCCGCGGAGGGCCCGUCGGGGCCCGCAGAGAGAAGACGCACGCACAACGCGGUUCGGAGUCUCUCUCUCUCUCUCUUUCUCUCUCUCGCUGCUUGCGCUGCGACGAUAGGUUGUUACCACGAUGACAGAUUUGACAGCGUCGUCGGCAACGACCAGUACGAGCGAGGUAACAGUAACGACGGUGCGAUGACAACGUAGCUGUUUAAUGCGAUAUCGCCGUUGCUGCCAACGGGAGCAGCAGCAGCAGCAACAACAACAGCAACAGCAACAGCCAAGUUCGACCGGGCUGUGCACGUAUACGAAUGUUCCUUCUUCUCGCGUCGCGUUCUUUCCAAACGAAAGGCGGUGGAAUAGCGGCGUGCCGAGUUCCAGGAAGAAGCGGAGCGGAGGGAUAUCUCGUGAGCGAGCGACAGGAAAAAAAGGGAUCGCCGCUGUGUGAUCGCGGAAGGAAGAACGGUCGAGAGGGAGAGAGAGAGAGAGAGAGAGAGAGAGAGAAAGAGAGGCAACGUGUGCUGCGAGAGAUCGCGGUAACGCUCACGCACGCACGGACGUACGUACGUACCUACGUCCGUCGCGACGCGAUACAGGAGGAGGUAGACACUAGAGAGAACGAGAGGGAGUGGAAAAAAAAAAGUGGAAAAGAGGAAGAAAGCGGAAAAGAGAAGAAUAGGCGCUCGUCGCUCGGUAGCGAGCGCCAUUCGGAAGUAACAGUGUCAAAGCACUGCCGUUCGUAAUUCCCUUCAGCGCCACAAACUGCCGCCGCCGAGUGCGUGCAUCUGGAACGUCAGUGGGACAAGUGAGUGCGCGCGUGCCCAUCGUCGGCGUGUGUCAACGUGUGUCAGAGUGGCCUGGCGAGAUCGAAAAGAGAGAGAGAGAGACAGAUAGACAGACAGUCUCGCGCGGGCGGGUGGUAGGCGUCCACUCGGUCGCGCUGUCUCCGUUCAAGCAGUCGCGACUCGCAAGAGUCGCGUGGCUCUUUCUCGCUCUCGCGAGACCGCUCCGUUCGCUAGCGCGGAGUUUUCACUGGCGCGACACGCGCGUACCACGUACGUGAGGUACGCGCAGAGGUGCGCGCGUGCGAUACGCGAGAGAGCCGCGAGUCGGCGCGGCCGAGUGUGCCGUGCGUGCCGGAGCGGAGCGGAUCGGAUCAGAUCGGAUCGGCGGCGGGGAGCGUAGAAAAAUUGCCGGAUAAUGGAGAGUUCCGCGUGUGCCGUGGACUGAGGCGCGAUCGGGCGUGAAUCUUUCCGUGUGUAUCUGCCACGAGGAAGGUGGAGGAGGAAGAGACGGAGGAGGAGGAGGAGGAGGAGGAGGAGGAGGAGGAGGAGGAGGAGGACGGACGGGAGAGAUUAGGUUAGGCACCGACACCGCGUCACCGCACCUCCCACUCCCCCGGCUACGGCGCGCGGGGUGCACCAUCUCGCUUCUACGUGCACGCCCGUUCCCAUCUUGCUCGCGCGCUGCCCGCCGCUCGGCGAACGAGGACGACGUGGAGGGAGAGAAACGCAAGAGGAAGAGAGACAGAGAGGGGAACAGGGAGAGGGAGAGCGAGGGAGAAAAAAAAUAAGGAAAGAGGGUGAGACGACGACGGCGACGGCGACGACGACGACGACGACGACGACGGCGACGACGACGACGACGACGGUGCGAGCUGGCUGGGGAAUCCGAGGAAAAGCGGGAGAAAAACACAAAUGCCGAUCGCCGGUGGAAUUCUGGUCGCUGGAUCGGUCACGACGACGACGACGACGACGGCGGCGGUGGCGGCGGCGGCGGCGGCGGCGGCGGCGAUUCCCUGCGUGUCCUCCAACACUGGCAUGCUACGUUUCAUCGACAGGCUUUCAGGGAAGCGGCGGCACGUGCGCCGGAGUUUCGGCCCAGGUGCUGGAGCUCGUGCUGUCGAGGAGACGCAAGGCGGAGGAGCAGGAGGAGCGACAGCAGCAGGAGCAGCAGCAGCAGUAGCAGCGGCGGCGGCAGGAGGAAGAGAGGCUAACGACAGAGGACACGAGGUGGGAGGAGUAGAAGUCGAGGAGAUCAGCUCGCCGGUGGCGAGGAGCAAAUUCUGCUGCGACGACAGCGGUAUCAGCAACAAGCGCCACUAUCACUCCUCGCCACCUCACCUACACCACCUCCUUCAUCGCCACAAUCGCCGACAGUCGUGUCGGCGAUACCACCGUCGGACCGACAUCGACGACGAAGACGACAACAGCAAUGACGACGGCGACGACAGGAGGGAGGACGGAGAUAACGACGACGACGACGACGACGACGAGGACGACGAUAACGACGAGGGCACGUGCCUCGAGUGCUUCCACUCGCGUCUGCACCAGCGGUUCUACGAUCGACGGUCCAGCAGGUCGAGCGACGUCAACGCUCGGCUCGAUGUCGAGAACGUCGAGGUCCGCGGUGCCGAGACCACGUCAUCGUCAUCGUUGUCGUCAUCGUCGACGACGAUAACGACAACGACAACGACGACGACGACGACCGUCCAUCCUCUCGUGCGGACCGCCACCGCCGCCAGAAGCACCGCUACCGCCAGCACUACCAUCGCUAACCCCUCUGUCGUCACUGCCAUGGCGAGAGGAUGCAAAAUUCCACCCUACCUCGCGACGAUAUUAAUUCUCUCCUACACUCUCAUCGGUAUCGCAGAUGCCUGCUCGUCGCGCUCGACGCCGAAACCGAGGCCGCCGACGCCGACGGAUCGACCGAACAUCACAUUCCACAUGUACACAUGUCCACCGGAUUACGCAGAGUGGUAUUGCUUAAACGGCGCCACGUGCUUCACCGUUAAAAUUGUCGACUCCCUCCUGUAUAACUGUUUGUGCGCCAAUGGAUAUAUCGGGCAGAGAUGCGAGUUCAAGGAUUUGGAUGGUUCCUAUUUACCUUCGCGGCAGCGAGUAAUGCUGGAGACUGCCAGCAUCGCCGGCGGUGCCACAAUAGCAGUAUUGCUCGUCGUUAUCAUUUGUAUAACGGCUUAUAUCCAUUGUAAGCGAAAGCAGAAGGAAUUGCGGUCGAGUAGCUGCAUCGACACGGUGGAUGGUCCUGGCCGAGAUCCGGAGGUGAGGCCGUUCAGCAACCGCAGCCGCCCUCUCACGAUCUUCAUGGCGAAGAGCCUCAACAGUUCGGCGACGAUAGAGCAGACUAGAAUGCCUGGGUGGAAUUGUCCAGAAGCGGAAUCGAUGAGGAUGGCGUCUAUCGGCGAAAACAAGCACCCGAGCCAAUAGCGAAGCACGUCGCCACGCGCCGCCGUCCACAUAUUGCAACGUCCCGCCGCGGCGAUUCGCAAUCGGCAAACCGCCGACACUCGAACACGAGACCCUCGUUCAACCGACGUCCUCGAGACGAGUCCGACCAGGUCGUCGUCAUCGUCGUCGAGUAAUCGUUGCUGUCGCUCGAAUCGUAACACGAGGUAGCUCUCGACGUUCCUUGAGAUAGCGCAGCGCAGCGGCCUUUAGUAGCCUUUAGUAGUAGCAGCAGCCAACUCUCUUGUUGGAGAUGUCCGAUUUCUUCGAUUCGGCGAGUGACCCUCUUUGAACGCGAUGCUGAAAAAAAUGAAGCGACAUCGAGCCAACCAUGUUGUAUCUGUUUUGUACGAGUACGUACAUUGACGUUGACUUAUCAGAGCUGAGCUGUCGAAACAUUCCCGAGAAUCGUCGUACUCGAGUCCCUGCCGCCCUCUCGUUUCAUCGAAGGGACGUUCGACGCUCGUCGAUUGUCGCGUGUGUUAUUAUUCCUUCCAGCGAGAGACGUUGCGCGCGUCUCUCGGUAAUGUAUCCAACGUCUCUUUGUCGAACGAAUCGAAAUUAGCCCUGAACGGGGAGAAAGGAAACCUCGCACGAGAGAAGAAUGUCGCGUGAAAGAAGAAAUAAAACAAAAGAAACGAAGCGUUUCCAUUGAGAUUUUUCCUCGCGAUCAUCGAAUGUCGUUUCCUUGCGAGCGUCAGUAUCGUCUCAUCGUCAUUCACUCAUUCAUCGACGGAAGAAAGAGAAAAUAAACACACACACACACACAGAGACAGACAGACAGACACACAUCAGCUGCAAAAGUAGUGCCUUUCUAUUCUCGUUCGUAAGAAACAGGAAGCGUAGUUGUUGCGGUACACCUGAUUAAAGGGAAAAAAGUAAAAAGCGAAAAAAAAGUAGAUCAAAUCGAUUGUUUCUCUCUCCUAUGUAACGCGUGAAGGAAAAAAGAAAGAAAAGUUCGCGAUGAGCGUCGUCCGAUGUCGAAUCGCUAACCGCGUGUGUUAUAGGAGCGCAGGACGCCGACACGCGCUAGCGAGACGAAGAAAAGCCCUCCUCCUCUCGUGAAGCGCGAAAUUGAUAGCCGAAGAACGCUAAAGCGUGUAGACAAUGUGUACACAUUGCGUAGACAUUGUAGACAAUGUGAGAAGCCUUUGAUGCUUGGUACGUGCUGUGUAAUGCAACGCGACAGACUGCCCCUGGCGAGACGGUAUGCGACGCAAUUCCGCUUUGGGCCGCACAAGUCCGACGCGCGCGACACCCAUCGCGCGGUUACCGUUGUCACAAUUCGCACGUCAUAUCCUCACACACGCAACACACCGGGCUCUUCCAAAGAAUCUUAAGAAUAGUAAACGCGACCGACCGUACCGCUAGUAUCAAAAGGUCGAUCAACGUAUGUGUCUUACGUAGAGGUUUCUAAGGAAAUUAGAUCUAGAAUAAAUCCGACGUCUUCUUACCGGAGAACGAAAUAAUCCUCUAGCACACGUACACAUACACACACGCGCGCGCGCGCAAGAGGCACUCGUUACGCCCCUCGUCGCUGCGAAUUAAUAGAGACGCUAAUUCUCUAUUUACCGAAUCGUUAGAAAAUCUAUUGACGUCAGAUCGCCAUCCGGCGUUGUACUGUUACGCAUCGACAAGAUAUUUUCUCGAACACACUUUUUGCCCCUUUUGCCUCCGCUACACACUCAUUCACACACAUACCCAAUCCUCCGGAGAAGUGAACGAAAAGUAUCGUUCGUUCGGCUGCCAGAUCUUAGGCACGUAAUGACGUACUUAUUAAUGAAUCGGAACUUCAUUUCCAUAGCUGCGUAAACGAGAACGGUAAGGAUACAAAAGCGAAACGCGUCAUUAGGACGAAUAGACUGCAACAAAUACAAAAAAAAAAGUAACAAAUUGGCAGUGUGACAAUUGUGAGCGUAAAUCGGGGAUUCACUGACUUCACGGUAGAACCAGUUGAAAGAGAAUCGCAUCAUUAUCCGCUUCGCUUCGGGAGAGAAACUUUCGGGAAUUUUCCUGUCCCGUUCGUUUUGAGAGAGUUGAUUGCCGAAUGACGUGUAUGCGUACAUAUAUAUGUACAUGUGUAUGUGCAUAUAUGUGUCGUUUUCGCGACACAUUGAUACCAAUUAAUUGCUCGUUGCUCAUAGUAUCUUUCCAAUAUGUGACAUAAAUGAAUUCCAACGCGUGCCGGAGAGAAUUAUCCGAUCGUUUGUAAGAUCGAAGAAGAAAAGAAAACUCGGCUGUGCGUCACCGAAUCACUUGUAUCUCACUCGCGUUAUUGCCUCAUUUCGCCACAACUUAUUUAUUUAGAUAAAAGGCUCAAAUUAUGUCUCCAAGCACAUGCAUAAUUCCCGAAACACGUGUUUACAAAUCACUUCGCUAUGUAUUUUCAUUUCCUAUUUUCUUUUUCCCCUUAUUCGGAUUCUUUCAGGCUUUUAGAGAGAUUACCAUCACUUCUGUGUGUUUAUGCAAAAUUGAAAGUGGUAUGUUAACAAUGCGUUAGAAUCAAUAGGGAUCAAUAUGUGUAUCUGGAGAUACUUCACGCGUUGUACGAGGCUGGGCCUCCGUCAUUUCGUCUCUCAACUCUCUUGUUGUAAAUAAUAAAUUAUUCUACGUUGAAGAGCAAUCCCGAAUCGUCGACAACUCCGAUUGCAAAAAAAGAAAAAAAAAUGAUAAGAAAGACCACAGACUUUCGUGGCGUCGUAACAUUUUCGCCCUAUGUCGUUCCACAUUAUGAUGCGCACUGCGCUUCAAAAAUCCAAGAUACAUAUUUUUGUAAUUAUAUAAUUCGCUAAAAAAAAAAGAAGGAAACACAUCUAACAGUGAAAACAGACGACGAUUCAGCGGUAAUUUGUAUAUUUGUAGAUACUUGAGUAAAAAAGGAAGAGAACAGAGGAAAGCUUCUAUAAACGCUUCGUUCCAACCCUUUUUCGCGUCGGUCACUCAUCCGUCGCUCGUCGCUUCGAGACACAUUCGAUAAGGAUAACGACAAACGACUUUCUCUAUCCGGACUGUCCCUAAGAAAUUUCUAUUUACUGUAGCGAUAGGGAAAAGAGAGAAAGAAAGAGAGAGAGAGAGAGAGAGAGAGAAAAUUUCGAAUAAGAAAGAAGAGCGUAGCCUAAGCAUCUACAAAAAGCGAAUACAAAUCGUGUAUCUUAUAAUUUAUAAAUAGUCCUCGAAAAAAAAGCGAGUUGAUAGCGUAUUCUAAUUUAAUUUCCCAUAUUUCAUAUUGUACGUGGUUCCUAAUUUAUUAUUACUAUUAUUAUUCAUUAAUAUUAUAUAUUAUUAUGACUAUCGGUUAUUGUAUUAGAAAUUAUUACUUAUUAUUACUUUGUAUCGGUAAAAAUUAUUUAUAAGGACUUGUUUGCGAGGAGCAAGAGGAAGAGUGUAUGAGACAGUAUCGAAACGAAUGCUGAGAGUGGAAUGCGUGAUUGUGUAUAUCGUGUCGCAUUUAAAUCCGGAAUGCGUGUGACAAGGCGGAGAGCUAUCGGAUGGCACGAAAGGAAAAAGAAACCGGUGCUUGCUUUCGGUUCGAGCUCUCAAUUUGAAGCUAACUCAGGGCUAAUAUGACCAUUGUCAGCUGUAGGUAGCUAUAAGUAAUGAAAUUGUUACAGACGUCAGAUGGUUCUUUUCUUUUUUCACGGUUCACAAAGACCGAAAUUCAAAAUCUCCCGUUUGCGCCGCUGGUGUGACAUCAAAAGCGUAUGGAGAUGAAGCGCGGUUGAGACAAAACCUUGCAAAACGCGCAUUCCCCUCAGUAGAGUUAUAAAGAACUUAUCUUGUAGCGUAAGAAGAGAGAAUCUAGACCAAAAACAAAAUUAGCGUGUCUAAAGGAUCGGUGUACUAAGGAGAAGCACCUUGUUUCUUUCGUAUCGUCCGAUGUUUAAGUGGUAUUUUUCCUAAUCUAAUGCUUUUUCCCAACUCCCGGCCAAAUUAGCCUGUCAAAAAGAGAAUCUUGUAAUAAUUUACAUCGUGUAAAUUGUAAUGGUCAUAGGGAGCACCGCGAUAAAAGCAGCCUCGGGAGAGUAUAUUUAGCGUGACGUCUGUCUAACUAAUGUACUACUAGUGUUGACAUUUCAGAAUAUCAAACAGCUCCGCGCUUCGCUCCGUAUCCUGCGCGAAGAAAAUCGCAAAAUGAUAAAACUGCGGCCGAAAGACGUCGUACCGAAGCAUCACAGAAAAAGUCGUUCUUACCGUAUAUACACACACACACACACCACACAGUUCCGACGAAUAGAAUCGUUUCUAGCAAAUCAUGUUGAGUCAAUUACGGAAUAACAAGCAUCACGAAUGACAUCACACGGUCUUGUGGUCACAAUGCGAGAAAAGAAAGGAAAGAAGCACGAGUCAUCACGAAUAUUGUAAGAAAAUUCACAUGCAGAAUUCCAUGUUCCUAGAGCCGCGGCGUAAUUCACGAGUCCUCGCGAUCUAACGUAGAAGAACGCGCUCUAAAAUAAACAAGAGAAAAAAAGAAAACAAAAAACAUUACGCAUAAUCUCCUUCUUUCUUUAUUGCCGCUUAUCGAUCGAAACUUACGUUUACGUUGAGAAUUCACAGCGUGGCGGACAAGAAUUCCAGGACUUUGUGACAAAAUAUGAGCGCGAACCGCCGAGAGAAAGAGAGAGAGAGAGAGGGGAGAGGGAGAAGGGAAGAUGAUAAAACAUCGAGCAAAGCGUAGUCUCUAUUUUGCCGAAGUGUUAUCUCACGAUUCACAAUCUGCAAUAGCAAUGUGUAAUAUUUCUUACGUUAAUUAACACCGAUUAGUUGUGUCUCUCUUGGUUUAUAUUAAAGCGAUAAUCUUAUUCAUCAAUAACUUUGUACAUCUGUUGAUUAUUCCGUCAUUCUACCGCACACACGAGUACACACGUCGACCACUUUGCUGAAUUCUGCUCGAGACUACGUAUGCGAAUUGCGAAUUUUCCGAAAAUAUGCACUUCGGGUCCUUUUCUUUGUUUUUUUUUUUCAAUCUUACGAUCGAAUACCCCGCGACCGAAAUGGACAAUCCUCGUGCAAUCUUCUUCGAGUUCAGUUUUCUCGCGAGCAUCUUCGCGCGCGCGCGCACUUUACGACGGCGGAUGGUGGGUACCCCGUCCGACAUACCAAACCGUUAUUCAAUAGUAUGCUGUCCGUUGUUAAUGUACCAAAGACAACAUCAAUUAACUGGAACGAUUAAUUGUUUAGAGGUGAGAGCAAGCGUGCGUGUAACGCACGCGCGUGCUUGGGAAACGGAGGAAGAGAAAGAAGGAAGGGAGAAAAAUAGGAAUUGAUCCAAAGGAAAGUGCUAAAUGGCGUAUUAGCUAAAAACGACAAGAAAAAAAAAAAGAUGUCACCGAUCGGCAAUGUUACAU